AUGUUUGGCAAAAAACUAAGUUUAUGUACACGACAGCAACUUGCACAGCAAUUACCUGAUAUAAGGAAACAAAGUGCUGGCAAACACGAUAUGAUGGCCAGUAGCACUCGCAAUUAUGAUGCUGUUGCUCAUCACGAAGCAAAUAAAACCAUCAAACUAAAGAUAAAACGAGUUAAAACGAGUGAUCCGAUCGUGUCCGAUACAUGUAUACCACCGCAACAACUCCUCGAGGAAGACUUGUUUACAACGAAAAUAAAAAUGAAUGCAAAACGACAACUUCAUAUUUUCGUUGAAAAUUCUAAAGAUAAUUGA